CUUUAAUUUGAUUAUAGUAACAAAGUGCAUCAAUAGCACCAAAUAAGGAAGUGACAAAUACAGCUGAUGGAUUUGCCUUGAGAAUUCCCUAUAAAUGCACCUUCUUUCUUCCUAAUAUGUGUAUAUUAAGAAUUGGAAUAUCUUGUCUAUGCAGACCAAGAAAAUUAACAAGUUAGAAUCAGUAGUUGAUUAAAAGAAGAUACUUUACUUCAUUAUUCAAAUGUUCAUUUUCCUUGUUUAAAUAAAUUAUCUUAGUAGUAGUUACACUUGUUCGAUGAGGGGGGGACUCUAGUUUUUGUUUAUUUCUGGCCAUUUGAAUAAUUUGUUGUCAUGAAAAAAUAUGUAUUGAGAGAUGUAGUUGUGAAAGUAUAGUUUUUGUUGAACAAUCAUUUCUGGAAAUGCCGACAAGCUUGUGUUUAUUAAAUAUCUGCAAAUGCUGCAUGAAUAUUUUGAUCAUUGUGAGGUCUUCAAUCCAAUCGUCUGCCUUUACCUAAAUGGCAUAAAAUAAGAAACAGUUGAGACCUUGUGAUCUGAGGUCAUCUACUCUUCCUCAUUAGUUGGCUCUCCACUUUCACUGGUUUGGUUAGAUGCUUGGCUUGUUUAUUGUUAUAUCAUUUUUUUCUUCUCUUUGCAAUUCAAUACUUCUCCAUGCUAUUCUUUUGUAAUCUUUAAUCUUUGUUGCUUCCAUUCUUGGCUUCUUGGUGGUAGGACAUGUUUGAAUUUAGUGAAUUUAUUUAUGUGCAAAUUGGUGAAGCUCUAUUUCUUGGAUAUAAUAUUUUUCCGUGAAAAUAGAAAGAUGUAAUGUAAAAUCUGAAUUAUAUGGAGUGCAAACCACCCGAAUUAGUUGUUUUUCUUCGAGACAGCAAUCAUCAAGUUUUCAAGGACAUUUGUAUGGAUGGGGAAGAAUGUUCUGUGCAAAAUUGUGAGUUGAACCACCGUAAUAUUUAUUACAUGCUCAAGUAUGAACUGGACAUAGUGCAGAAGUAGAGUACAACGUUUCUGAUUCCAAGCCUGAAUCGUAUGAGGGCAUUGUUAAGCAGUUUGACGACUCUAAGAAGCUAUUGAUGGAAUCUAAAGCUUCAGUAACUGAGAUUGCUGAUGCCAUUUCCUUUAGCCAUGAUUUUCCAAAACGGCCGAGUUUGGACAGAGAGCUGGUUGAUCAAAAAGAGAAUCAGGAUAAAGAGAUGAAACCAGUCUCAAUGGCCUCUAAGUUAGUCUCCAAGGAAGCAUGUUGUGACAAAAAUAGUGUAGCAGAUUCAAUUUCUAGAGAAGGAUCAGUACCAAAUACAAAGGCAGAAAACAGCACAAGCAUUGAAUAUGGAACACCAAGAAGUUUAGCAUCAUUGUUUGCGAGUCAGAACACUGAAAAGCUUCCAGAUCAUGAAGACUCGAAUCUUGUAGCGGUCUCAGCAACGAAGCAAUGUCAUGAUAACAUCUCUGUUCGGUCGAGUAGCACCAACAGCACAAAAUCUUUUGCAUUUCCUGUACUAACCACAGAGUGGGCCGGCAGCCCUGCCAUGAUGGUGGAGGCUGAUAAGAGAGAUUUUAAAAGGCGAAAUUGUCACUGGAGAAUGUGCUUUGAUUUCUGCAAAUAAUAAAUUUCAGAGUUGAGCUGUAUAGCGGUUUCUGCAACUUGUUUUUGUC